AUGCAUCUCGACCAUGCUAUCCCAUGGAACGCAGCAGCAAACAACUUCGCCAUUGUGCGAGACAACACACGAUACACCCCUCGCGAAACAAAUGUCUUCGCACGCGAAUCAAUCGACGCGGAAAGCCUGCGUCAUUUCUGCAGAGUCCUGGCCGACAAGAUUCACGAGUUUGGCGUCACAGAGUCCAAUAAGAUAACACCACUUUCUGAGCAGCAGAGUGACCAGCUUUUCUCGUCAAAAGUCUGCGAGCUUCCAGAAUUACUCUUCAACCUGGCACCGCACAGUACCAACUCGCUACGACACAACCCACUCGAUACACCUCACCAAAGCUUGCAGUACUGGAUUGAUCGAGCAAAGACUCAUGAUUCCUCUGGAUACACAACGGCGGACGCUGAUCUCGCAGACGCCGUGAAGGCCUUGAUAACUGUUUCUGCAGUAUCUCCCACAGGUAGAGGCACAACAAGCAACAAACUCGGGCAAGAAGCUUUCGCCGCUGUGUUACGUCUAGCGAAACAUCCGGAAGUGCCCUUGCAAGACCUUAACUCUCUACACUGGGGCCACUCUGUUGGCGUGCAGAAAGUGCAGGAAGUGACGUUGCAGAUUUAUCUGAUGAUCAACCUCCUCGAAGCGAUCCGAGCCAGGUCAGGAACAGACGUUCAAGUUCAUAUGUGUGAGUUGCAGAGCUUCAGAAAUUGGGCGUCGAACGCCUUGGCGGAUUUCGAUUUUCCUGCUCAGAACCUGAUCCAUUGGCAUUUUUGGCAGAUACUUGGGAUAACGACGGAGCGUCUUGCAGAGUGGAAAGAUCUUGACAAGCUCGAGGUGAUUGACCCAUUAGCAGAGGAGUCUGUCGAGACUCAAUUUACUCUUAGAGAGUAUCUGAAGGCGUGUUUUGGCAUCUUGUAUAGAUAUGAUGUUUUGCAAUGUCUGUGGGUUGGAGAAGAGCAGUCAAGGGACAUCUGGACCAGUGAGAUCGAAUACUUCUUCAAGGGAUGGAGGGCAGAUAUUUCGAGUAAGUAG